AACCCAUAUGGAAUUUUUGUUUUGGAUAAGCUAAGACCUCCAAUUGAGUGGAAAAUAGCAGUGAAUAUCUAUCAUUGGCUUAGUUAACUAUUCAUGAGGAAAUAAUUCACUGCCAUAACAGUUUUUUGUUUAGAAUGCUAAGUGAAUCCGUAGAGCUCUCGGCAGAGCUGAAACAUUUCGGAUCAUACAUGUCAUGCAUGUAACCACCAGUUUUAGAUACAUCAACUCAUUGAUUCCUCUUUGUUUGUGUAUAUAUAUAUGUGUGUACAAACUCAUUGGUGUCUCAUCCAAAUCUAUUCUCUUCUGAAAAUAUCCUAUUCCUUUGGAACUCUCUCUCUCUCUCUCCCUCAUUUUUCUUCUCCUUUCUUCCCUCUUCUCUCAUUCAUUUCUCUACUUCUCUCCGCCAUGGUUUCGCACCUUGUCACCACUAUCCGAAAUGUAGUUGGAAUCACAGGGAAUGUAAUCUCCCUCUUCUUGUUCUUGUCUCCUGUGCCAACUUUUAUUAGAAUUUGGAAGAAAGGAUCAGUGGAACAGUUCUCCCCAGCCCCAUACCUUGCAACCUUAAUCAAUUGCAUGGUUUGGGUGGUUUAUGGGCUGCCUAUGGUGCACCCCAACAGCACCCUGGUUGUAACCAUCAAUGGCACAGGGACUGCCAUUGAGAUUGUAUACCUAACCCUCUUCCUCAUCUAUUGCCAUGACAAGAAAAAGAGAGUGAAAGUGAUGCUAAUAGUGCUAGUUGAGAUGAUUUUUAUUGCGGGUGUCACCGCUCUGGUUCUUAUCAUAGCUCACACUACUCAACGUCGAUCCAUGGUGGUCGGAAUUAUAGCUAUUUUGUUCAAUAUCAUGAUGUAUGCUGCCCCUUUAUCCGUCAUGAAACUGGUGAUCACGACGAAAAGUGUGGAGUAUAUGCCAUUUUUCCUGUCACUAGCAUCCUUUGCCAAUGGUGUUGCUUGGACUGCAUAUGCUUUCCUCCCUUUUGAUCCUUUUAUUGCUGUUCCAAAUGGACUAGGGACAUUGUUUAGUUUAGCACAGCUGUUGUUGUAUGCCACAUAUUACAAGUCCACAAAGAGAAUAAUAGCAGCAAGACAAGAGGCCAAGAUGGAGAUGCAUCUCUCGGAGGUGGUGGUCAAUGGUGAUAAUAAUGAUCCCAAAAAGAACUCCACAGCACCUUAGAGACCCAUCCUUCUACUAUAUAUAACUAGAGAGGGUGUUUAAUUUUGUUAUGAACAUCAAUCACCAUAAACAUGGUGCCAUGCAGCAGCUUGUUUACCUAAUCAUUUUCCCUUUCAAGUCUUCUUUUUCUUUUGCGGGGUAAUGUGUGGGCUGAACUAUCAAGUUUUAGAUUUUUGCAAACUUAUUAUUAUGUGGCCCAACUUUUAUGCAUAUGGUUUUCUCCAAUCCAAUAAUAAGAGGUCCCUGCAAACUUCUAUGUUUAAA